AAGAAGAAGAAGAAGAAGAAGAAGAAGAAGAAAAAGAAGAAAAAAAAACAACAACAUGAUGAUAAUAGAAAGCUAGCUGGCCUUUACAAGCUUGGUGAUAAACAAUGUUCCAGUCAAGAUGGGGCAGACCCUGUGCAUUUGCUCCCGUACCACCAUCAUCAUUGAUAACAAAAAAUAUUACUUUGUCCAGAAACUAGAUGAAGGUGGGUUCAGUUAUGUUGAUCUGGUAGAGGGAGCAAAGGAUGGGCACUUCUAUGCCUUAAAGAGGAUCCUAUGCCAUGACUCUGAGGGCCGCCAUGAGGCUCAGGCAGAGGUGGAGAUGCAUCAGAUGUUUAAUCACCCGAAUGUCUUGAGCCUGGUUGCACACACCUUUGUUGAUCGUGGAGGCAAGAGUGAAGCCUGGUUACUUCUGCCUUAUAUUAGAAAAGGCAGUUUAUGGUCUGUUUUGGAGAAGCUACGAGACAAGGGGAGCUCAUUGUCUGAAAAACAGAUUUUACAUAUCUUGCACGGCAUCUGCUCUGGAGUCAAGGCUAUUCACGAUAAAGGCUAUGCACACAGAGACCUGAAGCCCACAAAUGUGCUUCUGGAUGAGGAUGACAGACCAGUUCUGAUGGACCUGGGCUCCAUGAACCGUGCCAGGAUUGAGGUUAGAGGUACCCGGGAAGCCAUGGCCAUACAGGACUGGGCAGCCCAGCGGUGUACCAUUUCCUACAGGGCUCCUGAACUCUUCAGUGUAGAGAGCUACUGCAUUAUAGAUGAGCGCACUGAUAUCUGGUCUCUUGGCUGUGUGCUUUAUUGCAUGAUGAUGUUGGAGGGGCCGUAUGACCUGACAUUUCAGAAGGGGGACAGUGUUGCCCUGGCUGUCCAGAAUCCAGUGGCCAUCCCACAGUCUUGCAGGUAUUCAAAUGGCCUGAAGAUGCUGCUCAGUUCCAUAAUGGUACCUAAUCUUCAGGAGAGACCAAACAUCAGCUGGGUUCUUGACCAGGUACAGGAUCUGCAGAGUCGCAGCCCCAGCACCCAAACCAACAUGGUGUGAUCUUGCACAGUGCACUACAUCUGGGCUUUUGAAGAUCUUUGCACACAUACAGUAAAUGAACGUCUCUUAUUUUGGGCUUGAAAA